AUGGUCACGAAUGGCAAUGCUGCACGAGACGGGAAUCUUCAUCACAAUGUUGGCCUUGGAGCCUCUGCACCAGAGGAGGAAUCGGGUUUAAUGGCAGAUUGUGCCUCUGAGCGCAGUUUUGGAAAUCAAGACGCGCACCGUAAAGAUGGGGCCUCCCAUCAGACCAAGAGAAUAUUCCACAAGAGCCAAACCUCGGCGGAUUUUAGGAGUAGAGAACCCCGAGCGUGUCCUGCUUGCGAAAGUCCCAUUAUAGCCAUCAAGAGCCAGCUCAAGGUCCUACUAUCAUUCAAAAAUUCCACGUCUCUCGUUUUCGCGCUGGUCGCCAUCAUUUUUUCUGCUCUCAACAUGCCGGCGUUGGUUGUUUUCAUCUGGAAUUUGAUCGCUAUCAUUCCUUUGUCGAUAACGCUCACUUUUGCGACCGAGAGAUUGGCCCAAGAUCUGGGCGAAACUGCGGGAGCACUGCUUAAUAUUUCACUGGGCAAUCUGGCCGAGUUAAUCAUCUUCACCGCCCUAUUGAAGAACAACAUCAGAGUUGUUCAGGCAUCUCUUCUGGGAUCAGUCCUUGUGAACUUGCUGCUCGUUCUUGGAUCUGCGAUCAUUGCUGGAGGCGUGAUCAGCCCGGAUCAGACUUACAACAACGAUGUCACUCAUUCAUUCGUCGGGUUACUGAAUCUGACGGUCUCUUGCCUUAUGAUUCCAAGUGCUUUUUACGGAAGUGUGAAAAGCAUGAAAACCGCCGAUCAUAUGGCCUUGGAAUUCAGCAGAGGCGUUUCGAUCAUCCUUCUCAUCAUCUACUUUCUUUACCUCUUUUUCCAGUUCAGAAGUCACCCCCAUAUCUUUCGAUCCCGCUCACUGGCAUUCCCAGUUGAAGAUGAAACCGGUGAUCAACACAUCUAUCGCCCAUCCUACGACCCAGUUUUCACAGACAUCGAGUCACGACGAAAUUCGGAAGACAACGCAAAAUGCCACAAUCAAAAUCUCCCUGAAAUGCGGGAAGUCUCGUCUCCGGCUGGUCCAGCUUCGGAGCCUACAGAUCUCGAAAGCGAGGCGGGUCUUCCAUUAACUCAUAUCGACACAGAGGAAAGAAGGGAUGCUACUUCUUAUGGUCACAACCGCAGAAAAAGCCAGUUUUCUCAAGCAGGUGAAGAUUCCCACUAUUGUCGCAACACUGUGUUGGCAAAUAGAGGCAUGUCGUUAUUCGUACUCACCCUUGCGACGGUCUUAAUCGCUAUGUGUGCCGAGUUUUUCGCAUCAAGUUUUGAUGUUCUCAAUGAUCGCGGAGUUCUGGGAGAAUCAUUCGUCGGACUUAUUAUCAUUCCCAUUGCUGGUAACGUGGCAGAGAAUGUCACCGCUGUUGUUGUGGCAGCCAAGAACCAGAUGGAUCUUGCGAUUAGCGUCGCACUUGGAUCGGCCAUUCAAAUUGGUCUCCUAGUUGCUCCGAUGAUUGUUCUUGUUGGAUGGGCGAUGGAUAAGCCAAUGAGCUUGCACUUUGAUAGCUUCGGAAUGGUCACUCUUGUGGGAUCUUCCGUGCUUGUCAGUUUCAUUAUUAUGAAAGGAAAGACCAACUAUCUUGAGGGUGCCAUCUUGUGCGCGUGCUUUACUGCUAUAUCCGUUGGUGCUUUCCUUUUGCCAAUCAAAUAA